AAACAACGGUAAGAAAACAUGAAAAGAGCAGUUGAACGUCAAUGGAAGAAAAGAAAAUAUUCAAAAUAUUAAAAAAAUAUGAAAAGUCACAAAGAUAUUUUCUUCAAAUAAUUGCAUUUUCAGUAUAUUAUAACGUUUUCAAAAUUAAAUAAACUCGACGUGGAUUCUGUUUUCCGCAAGAAAAAUUAACGCGUAUCUUAUUUAGUGUGCAUUUUUGCCAUUGCAUGUGUGUGUGUGUACGUGCGUGUGCAGGGCAAUACCGUGCGGAUAUUUUCGCGAUAUAUAUUUUUUCUUUAUUUACAUUAGUGGCGGCUAUUAAAAACUUUUUAAAGCAUUAUGCCAAAUAAACAGCUGCAACAACAGCAACAACUGCAGCAACGCCUUGCUGGCGGUGGUGCAGGAGGUGACCGAAGGAAAGGUUCGAAACUUAAGAUCAAAUCAGUUUCGAAAUCGAACAUCAAAGAUGGUGGCGGGGACGCUGAUGAUUUCGAUGCUUGGAUUAAGUCGCGCCAGUUACUCAAGCCCGAUGAUCAGUUGGAGUUAACAGAAGCUGAGUUGGCCGAGGAGGUGACCAGGGUGUUGACCACAACAAAUACAAAUGUCAUACACAAUUUGGUUGUGUACAGCUUCAAGGAUAGCGCCUUCGUUCAGGUGCCGAUUGCUGGAAACACCGUAACACUUAUGCAAAUGGAGGGCAGUGCCUUGCAUAUAGAUUCGGAUGAAGCGAAAAUACAAAUGGAGGAGAUGGGCGAAAUCGGGUACCCACUACCCACACUCACUGGUUCCUUCAUUGAGACCGAAGUUGAAGACAGAAAAAGUCGUAUCCCAAAAGUGGAGGAAGAGGAAGAAGAGGGUGAGGAGAAGGCAGCAAAGCAAGCUAAAGAAGCGGAUGAAGAAAUGCCGGAGGAAGAGCUAGAGGGUGAAGAAGAAGAGGCAGUUGAGGAAGGUGCUGCAGAUGCUGAGGCUGCAGCAGCCGAGGAGGGCGGAGAAACAGCAGGAGCGCCAACUGCAGCACCGGCAACGGGCGGACGAAAGCGAAAAUUGUUAAAUCAGUUUAAUUUCUGUGAACGUUCUGCACUAACCUAUACCAAUCCGAGAAGGAGUGUUGAAACACAAACCAUACCUCCACCUCGCUCUCAGUAUGGCGCCAAUGUCUUGCAAUGGAAGAUUUACGACAGCUAUGCAGAGGACUUUGAACAGCAGCAAAAGGAGAAGGAGAAGAAGGACGAUAAGCGGGGCGGACAUCGAAAAGAUGUCGGCGCGAAAAAGUUGGAUAAGGCAGCCGAAGCCGAACUACUCAAUAAGAAGUAUCUCAAGGCGUGGCAGAUAUUGGAGCGUAUGAUAAAUCAAAAUAUAUACGAGGAGAUCGCCAACGACUAUCGCUAUUGGGAAGAUCCGGCUGACGAGUACAGAGAACAAGAGGGCACCUUGCUACCGCUUUGGAAAUUCAACUAUGAUCGCAUACGAAAAUUAAGUGUCACCGAUUUGCUAUUCAAUCCGAUGUAUUACGAUUUAUUUGCCGUGUGCUACGGUUCGCAUGAGUUUAUGAAGCAACCGAAUGAGGGCGCGAUUUGCUUUUUUACCGUGAAGAACCCCUCCUAUCCGGACUAUAUAAUAUCGACGGAGAGCGGCGUCAUGUGUUGCGAUAUCCAUCCGACAUAUCCGUUUUUAGUCGCAAUAGGCAUGUACGACGGCAGUGUGGCAGUCUAUAAUUUAAGAGAGAACUACGAGAAGCCGCUUUAUCUGUCGGUGGGUGUACAUAAUAAGCAUUCGGAAUGUGCAUGGGAGAUCAAGUGGGGUCCCGAUAUGGCGGACGGUGAGAUCAAUUUUUACUCCGUCUCAACGGAUGGUCGGGUCUUCAACUGGGUACUUAUGCAGAAUGACUUCAUGAUUACGACAAUCACAACGCUCUUUCUUACGAACGGCAUUGUUGAGGGACCCGACGGCACCGAAGUACAGUUACGCAGUUGUGGUUCUUGCAUGAAAUUCCAUCCGACCAAUCCGGAAAUCUAUCUAGUCGGCACCGAAGAGGGUCUAAUCUACAAAUGCAGUAUAGCAUAUAGUUCGAAAUAUUUAAUGACCUACAAUGCACAUCAUCUCACUGUCUAUCGCAUCGAUUUCAAUCGCUACAAUUCGAAUAUUUUCAUUUCGUGCAGCGGCGAUUGGCGCGUCAAAGUGUGGGAGGAUAUGCGACCGGAACCACUGUUCAUUUUCGAUCUGGGCUCCUCUGUCGGCGAUGUCAAGUGGGCGCCCUUCUCGAGCACAGUCUUUGCCGCCUGCACCAAUGAGGGCAAAGUGUUCGUCUUCGAUUUAAAUGUGAACAAGUACAAGCCGAUUUGUGUGCAAGCGGUCGUGCCGAAACGCAAGAACAAGCUAACGCGUUUAGUAUUCAAUGAGAAUCUGCCCUUCCUUAUUGUCGGCGAUGACAAGAGCACUGUGACCUCGCUAAAGCUGUCACCCAAUUUGCGUUUGAUGGUGAAGCCGCCCAAAAAGCAACAGUAUCUCGAUCAGAAUACGCUGCAGGUGCAAAAGUUGGACAAAUUGCUGUCGCUGGUGCGUGAAUUGCCAAACGAUAUGAUAGUGCCCGAUGCACCCACCACGACGAAGAGCUAGAAAUCGUCGCGUACUGAGACUUCUUACUAUAAUAUAUUUUUUUAACUAUAAUAUAUUUUUGUAAACUAUAAAAAAUAUUGUUUUUGUAAUCUAUAAAAAAAUAUAUAUUUUUAACUUUUUAUUUUUUUAACACUUUGUUUCGGUAAAACUUUUGUGAAUAACUGUAUAAAAAAAUCUAUUAUAAUCUGCGCCGAAAAUAAAUAAGAAAUGCCGUUAUUUUAUUAAUCAAAUAUUUUAUUUGUAAUGAAAUAGUCUGUGUUUGUGUAAAUUUUAAAGUAUUUUAGAGGUGAGCGUUACAGUUUUACACCGAAAAUCUUUACAUUUGCAUAAAUGAAUUUAUUUUUAUUGAGCUAUUUUAUCUAUUUAUAUGAAUGUAUGUAUGUAUAUAUAUACGUACAUAUAUAUAAACAAUAUACAUAUAUGUAAGUAUAUUUGUAUAUAUAUACUAAGGUAAUAUACAUUAGCGAUUAUCAUUUUAUUUAUCCCAUUUGUUGUAUUUAUGUUUAAUUAUGUAGUCAUUGCAUUGAGCCCUCCAAAAUAUAAUGUGUAGUAUGUAUGUGUGCAGUAGGGUGUCCGCUAUUUCUCAAAUUUAUUUUGUUUUUUUGCAAGCGCCUCUGAAGUUACAGUUUUGGCCCUAAAAUUGAUCCAACAUAAACAAAUAAUGGAGUUAAAUCGCGAAUAUUUUCGUGCGAUUAUUUUUUGUAACCUUUUACGUGGAUUAUGGGGUUACAUGGGUUUCCUUGGGUAAAAAACAGCCUUUUGCAACAAUUUUGUUUUCAUACAAAAAAUUAAAUAUUUUAUUAGAAUUUUACGUCGUUUUUUUCUUUCAAAUAAUUUUGUAAUCGGAAAAAAAUUCUUCGUCCAAGUUUUAAGAAUUGUGUCUCAAAGACCAGUGUAAAAUUUCAUGAAGAUCGGUUGAGUAGUUCUCAGGAAUCUUCCCAAUCGACUUCAAAAACGCAGUUUCUAGAGAAACAGGUUUAAGGCGGCGCACUUAGCCAAAUUGUCACGGCUGUACCUCCCAAAUUAUAACUCGGAUCAACUUUAAAAUUUAAUACAAUAUUCUAAAAGUUGUAGAAUUUAAUAAACCAAUAAAAAAGCAGAUCUUUGAAAUCCGUAAGCCCAUGUAAACCCCAAAAUAACAAUAGUACAUCGAUAAACUUAAUUCAAUUUUUGGCGAUGAAACUCCAUUAAGAACCAGUAUUUAUCGAUGAUAUGAUGAAUUCAAUCGAGAUCUUAGAUCACUUUAAGUCGAAUCUCGCGAAAGUCGUUCAAAAGCAGUUGUUGUGCUGGAAAAUAUUGAUAUUAUGCGUAAACUGAUAUUGCAAGAUCGUCAUGUAAUUUAUCUUAAGAUUAAGACAACUAUGGGAUUAGUAUAUUCCAUGAACAUUUAACUGUAAACAAAAAUUGUUCAUAUUGGAUUUCACUCAAUUUUUCGAUCACUCAAAAAAGGCUCCCGACGAUUGGGGGAACGUACUGUUAAUAAGGACACGAUAACGGUGCUUUGAAACACGUCUUUAACAACUUGACAGGUGAUGAAUCGUUCCCAGAUGAGCAGAAUUCGACAAAAGUUAUUCUCGUACCAAGCACUUCCAAGCAAAUGGUUGCCUGUUUUUUGUAAAAACUGGGCAUGUCGCAUCUAAAGCACUAGAACAAUUCUGGUAAAUUAUGAGUGGUGAAAAAUAUUUGUUUGCUAGUUGUCUUUCAAGAAAUUAGAGAAAGCAUCCACCGAAGUCAGAUCAUCUGACACCGCUCUCCCUUUGGUCCGACCCAAUCGAAGCAGCACGUUUCUUAGGCCUACCGUUGGAUGACGUCGACGACAAUAUAGCGAAUCCUUACCAUCCUAAGGAGGAAUAGGUAUCCAUUCAAACAACAACAACAACGGAUCGCUCUUCACCACGAUAAUGCAAGCUCCCACAUAUCGACUGAAACAACGGCAUUUUGAGCACUCGAUUUAAUGAGCCAUCCUCCGUAUAGUCCUGACUUAGCACCGAAUGACUUCUUUUUAUUUCAGUUUGUGAAAAAUAAAGUAAGAGGUCAGGGUUCUUCGAAACCUGAAGAGGAGGUUACUGCGUUGAAAGGCAUGUUUUGGAGAUAACUCAAUCUGAGUGGCAAAAGUACUUCGACAAUUGGUUCACACGCAUGCAAAAGUGUUUAAAUCUUAAUAAAAUAUGAUUUGAAAAACAAAAAAGCGAUUUUCGAUGGGUAAAAUAUAGUAAGACUUUUUAAUCUAAAUUUCCAUCGAAAACUCAUUCGUCAAAUAAGGUUAAGGUCUGUGAUACAAUGCUUUCUGAUUACCAGAAUGUCAUGAAACGUAUUAUUACUGCCGAAGAGGCUUGGAUAUAUGCUUACGACGUGGAAACAUUUGAUCAAUCGGCCGAAUAUCCUAGCAAAGGUGAACCGAUGCCGAAAAAAACAUGUAAAAAAAGGUCAAAAAUCAAGAUUAUGUUGACAGUUUUCGUCGAUUAUCGAGGUGUAAUGCACUCCGAAUUCCUUCCGACCGCACAAACUGUACGACAACUCUUGGCGUUUGCACCACGAGUCAGUAGCAUAAUACUUUGACUGCGUGUAACUUUUAAAGCAGUGUUUUUUAUAAAAAAAAACUCUUCGGAUCUUUUUUGUACAGCGGAAAAUUGUGUAUUAGAAUUUAUUGCAAAAGACCAAAAUUCCAUGUAAAAUAUACAGAGAAAGCAAAAUGAUUGAG